CUCUGUUUCGUCGUGUCUUGUCCCGCCCGGGCUCUCGUCGGUCUCGGACCGGUACGCAACAAACGGGGGGAGCACCCGACUCCACGUCCUCUUCCACCACCACCACCACCGCCUCAUCCCCCACCACCGAGCAGCACAGCACAGGGCACUGCCCGAUUCCACCCCUGCAGCCUCUCGCUGCCCACUUUCCAUGUCACUGCACCACUGCCGCGCUGCCACGACGCCCGCCAUGCCCGCCACCGGCCUCUCGUCCGCGGGCGCUUCCCCGUUCCGCCUGCCCGCCUCCAGCUCCUCCGCCCAGGGCCACCUCCGUCUCUCCCCCCCUGCUGCCACUGCCAGUGCCACCGCCUGCCGCCGCCGCUUGCUUCUCCGCUGCGCCGCCUCUUCUGGCGGUGGCGGCGGCAGCGGCUCCGACCCGGUCCUAGAGGAGCAGCGGCGCCGCCAGGCCGAGCUCGCCGCGCGCAUUGCGUCCGGCGAGUUCACCGUGCAAGGCCCCGGGUGGAUUGCGCCUCUCGUGGGGAGGCUCUCCAAGCUGGGCCCGCCGGGGGAGCUCGCCGCCGCGCUGCUCACCAGGGUAGCGGGCGCUGGCGGCCCGGAGAUCCCGCAGGCAGUGGGGUCGAUCAACGCGGUCGUGGGCCAGGCCUUCUUCGUGCCCCUGUACGACCUCUUCCUCACCUACGGCGGCAUCUUUCGCCUCAACUUUGGCCCUAAGUCGUUUCUUAUUGUCUCCGAUCCGGCUAUCGCUAAGCACAUCCUGAGGGAGAACUCCAAAGCUUAUUCCAAGGGAAUUCUUGCUGAGAUAUUGGAGUUUGUGAUGGGCACAGGUUUGAUCCCAGCUGAUGGGGAGAUUUGGCGUGUUCGGAGGCGUGCUAUCGUCCCCGCACUGCAUCAGAAGUAUGUGACUGCGAUGAUUGGUCUCUUUGGGGAAGCUUCACAACGGCUCUGCGAGAAAUUGGACAAGGCAGCAGUGGAUGGGGAGGACAUGGAGAUGGAGUCGCUGUUCUCUCGACUCACACUGGAUGUCAUCGGGAAGGCGGUGUUCAAUUAUGAUUUUGACUCAUUAUCUUAUGAUAACGGGAUAGUCGAGGCAGUGUAUGUAACACUAAGGGAAGCAGAGAUGCGUAGCACUUCUCCUAUACCAACAUGGGAAAUACCCAUUUGGAAGGACAUUUCCCCACGGCAGAAGAAGGUCAACGAAGCUCUCAAGUUGAUAAAUAGUACUCUCGAUGAACUAAUUGCCAUCUGCAAGAGACUUGUAGAGCAAGAAGAUCUUCAGUUUCAUGAGGAAUACAUGAACGAGCAAGACCCAAGUAUUCUUCACUUCCUUUUGGCAUCUGGAGAUGAUGUCUCCAGCAAGCAACUCCGUGAUGAUUUGAUGACCAUGCUCAUUGCUGGUCAUGAGACUUCAGCAGCUGUCUUGACAUGGACAUUUUAUCUUCUAUCUAAGUAUCCAAAGGUAAUGGCCAAGCUCCAAGAUGAGGCUGAUAGUGUUCUAGGUGAUGGUUUGCCAACAAUUGAGGAUGUGAAGAAACUAAAGUACACGACUCGGGUUAUUAAUGAAUCAUUGAGACUAUAUCCACAGCCGCCGGUUUUAAUUCGUAGGUCACUUGAGGACGAUAUCCUGGGAGGGUACCCAAUUGGCCGAGGAGAAGAUAUUUUUAUUUCUGUCUGGAAUCUUCACCACUGCCCAAAGCACUGGGAUGAUGCAGAAGUUUUCAAUCCAGAAAGAUGGCCUUUGGAUGGACCAAAUCCAAACGAGAUAAACCAAAAUUUCAGUUACUUACCAUUUGGUGGCGGACCAAGGAAAUGUGUGGGUGACAUGUUUGCUACUUUUGAGACUGUGGUGGCAACAGCAAUGCUUGUCAAGCGAUUUGACUUUCAGAUGGCUCCAGGAGCACCUCCGGUUGACAUGACAACUGGAGCAACGAUUCACACGACUGAGGGAUUAAAAAUGACUGUUACUCGAAGAACAAGGCCACCAGUAAUUCCAAACCUGGAGAUGAAAAUUAUUACCGAUUCACAAGAAUCCACACUUUCUGCCCCAUCGAUGGUUGUUAGUGCUGCUUCUGUUGCUUCAGGAGAAGACCAAGGGGGCAUCUCCUGAUUUAAGCAGUUUCAACAUAGAGAACGAGCAUAUCCAUUUAUAUUGCUCUGGAAGUAUUUGGCUAGUUUACAGCAUUUGAUUACGCAAGCAGUACAAAACAGAGAUAGUCUCCUGGCGUGCUACAACGAAAAACUCCAAACCCUUCCGCAGACUUGUUACCGAUGGAUGGCACAGCAGACUCCUAUAGGUUACAGGGGGUGUGUUUGUUUACUUUCUAGAUUAUAUAUGUUGGAUUAUGGUGGAAGGGUAAUAGGGUAAAAAUCACUUUAGGACUGCAAAUAAGCUAAAAUAAUCUAACAUUGGGUAGUUUAUUUCAGCUUAUUUGUGAUCUUAAAGUUGUAUUUUACCCUAUUACUCUUUCACCAUAAUCCAACUUAUAUAAUCUAGAAUGGAAACAAAUAGGGCCUAGGUCUCCUUGCUGAUACUCAAAAGCAUCAAAAGCACCAUGGACAUAUCUACAUAUUUACAAGAAGUUUCUGACUUCCAUGCAUGGAUUUGUGCGCUCCUAAAUCUUCAGCAUGCCUUCCAACACACGAAGAACAUCAGCACGGGCAAUUAUACCUGUUGAUAGUGUUUAGAACCCCAUUAGGCUUGCAACAUACUCUGUGUUGUCAAUGUUAAUUAAGGAUAAUACAAAUGAAGUAUGUACAUGCAGUUUUUUUA